UUAAACUGAGCGCUUUCUCUGCUGAACGCGCCUAAUGACGAGAGAUAUGUUCAUAUGCGAUAAUUAUAAAUAUAAGAAAGAAUAGAUAUUUUUAGUAAAGAUCACAAAUAUUUGUUUAAGCGAAAUAAAAGGAAGCGUAAUAUUACGUUGUCCCGAUAGGCACGAAAUCUUCCAAAAGAAAAAGAAAGAAGAAAAACUAAUUUUCUUAUAAAAAAAAAAAAAAAUCGUUUUCUUCGGAUAAUAUAUACAUCUUUAGAAACACAUCGAGAUAGGUGGAUUCUUUAAUUGGAUUUGUCAAUCUUAACUGAAUGACAAUGGUAACAGGACCUACUGAACAUGGAAUACAAGCUGAUGUUAUAUUUGUCAUUGAAGGAACAGCUGUUAAUGGCGCGUACCUCAAUGAUCUUAAAACUAAUUAUCUUAUUCCUACAUUAGAAUAUUUUAGUCAAGGUGGCAUAGAAGAUAGAGAAUAUGUCUCUGAGAAUAGUACAACAUUGUAUGGAAUAGUUGUUUAUCAUGCCGCUGAUUGCUUACCAUCACCUUGUACAGAGACUUUUGGACCUUAUUCAAAUCCUCAGAGGUUAUUGGUGGUCUUGGAUAAACUCGAAAUGGUUGGUGGAAAAGGAGAAUCUUAUGCAAACAUAGGUGAAGGCCUUGCAACGGGAUUACAAUGUUUUGAAGAUUUGCAACUAAGACGAGAGCCAAACACUGCAUCACAAAAACAUUGUAUCUUGAUAUGUAAUUCACCUCCAUAUCAAACUAUGAUUCAAGAAUCUUACAAGUUUGCAGGUCAUACUGUUGAACAAUUAGCUGCUAUCUAUCAAGAGAGAAAUAUUAACAUAUCUAUAUUAUCACCGAGGAAGAUUCCCGCAUUAUACAAGUUAUUUGAAAAGGCUGGAGGUGAUUUACAAUCAUCGCAAACGAAAAAUUAUGCCAAAGAUCCGCGGCAUUUGGUGCUGUUGCGAAAUUACAACUUAAAGGAAAGACCCGUUAGUCCGCAAAUGGGCGGUAAUGUCCACAAUACAACUAACGUGACACAAAUCCCUCUAAGCCCAUUGCAAAGUAAUGACAGUCCGAACACUAAUCAAGUACAGCAGAAUAUCGCUCCGCCGAAUCAGCAGCAAACUCCCUUCAGGAAUCAAACGCCUCAGAAUAUUACGGUCCAUCAGACCGUACCGUCGAGUAUGGCGGCGCCAAUGAACGCACGGCCGUCUUAUAACCCGCAGAUAGCUGCGCCACCGAAUUAUCAUCCGCCGGGAGUGAACAUAGGACCCACGAGAGCCAGAUGGAUGCGACCACCAUUCAUAGCGCCAGGGGCUACCGGGCCUGCAAAUACGCAAGGCAGCGCGCUAAUAGCGCAAUUAACGCAGCCACCUUCGUCGUUAGGGCUUAAUGUAGCCGCAUUUGGUCAAAGAUUAGAUGUAGCUGGCAAUAAUGUUAUGGCUAAUCAACAACAGCAGCAACAGCAGCAACAGCAGCAGCAGCAGCAGCAGCAACUCACACAGCAACAACAACAACUGCGAUUGACGAUGCAGUUACAGCAGCAAAAUGCUCAACAAGCCACCAUGUCCAUGGCCCAACCGACUCACAGCCAACCGGGAUCGCAACUCACUGUGUCUUGCAUUAGCCAAUCAGUGCCCACUCAAGUGUCACAGACUGUGACAGCUUCGCAACAGGCACCAGUCUCAGUGUCUUCCAUUACGCAACAAAUUACUCAUUCUCAAACACAAGGCACUGUGUCUACUGGUACUGUACAAGGUCAACAACUCGUACCACGCGAACGUCAAAACAUCUGGCAAGGCAUCGUGGAAUGGAUCGAAAAGGCCAAAAAUCCUACGGAUGCGCAAAAGCAAACGAGACAUGUUCCAUGUCAAGUCUCAGCUAAUGCAAAGGAUGGAGAACCAGAAUUGAAAGCUGAUACAUGGCCGCCAAAAUUGAUAAUGCAAUUGAUGCCGAAACAAUUGAUAGGAAAUAUUGGUGGUUCUUAUUUAAAGAAUUCUAAAUCCGUUCUUUUCCAUCCGACGCCAUGUGAAGCAUUGGAAUCUUUGACGAAAAUGAUGAGCGCUGGAUUUGCAGGUUGUGUCCACUUCACCUCCGCUCCGUCGAGCCCGGCUUGUGAAAUAAAAGUACUUAUACUUUUGUACACUGCAGAGAAAAAAACAUAUUUAGGUUUUAUCCCGAACGAUCAAACGGCUUUUGUAGACCGUCUUCGCAAAGUGAUACAACAACAGAAAAAAAUCGUUUUCUUCGGAUAA